GUGAAUGCCAGGGAUCCCGGGAGACCAGAUAUAGUAAAUGCAGGUCCUGGGAGAUCAGAUAUAGAGAAUGCAGGGUCCGGGAGUCCAGAUAUAGUGAAUGCAGGAUCCAGGGAGACCAGAUAUAGCGAAUGCAGGGUCCUGGGAGACCAGAUAUAGUGAAUGCAGGGUCCAGGGAGACCAGAUAUAGUGAAUGCAGGGUCCUGGGAGACCAGAUAUAGUAAAUGCAGGGUCCUGGGAGACCUGAUAUAGUGAAUGCAGGGUCCUGGGAGACCAAAUAUAGUGAAUGCAGGGUCCUGGGAGACCAGAUAUAAUGAAUGCAGGGUCCUGGGAGACCAGAUAUAGUGAAUACAGGGU